CCUCCAAACCACACACAUGGCCUGCUACAACGCCUGCCGCUCCUGGGGACCCACCCCGCUGGCCAACAGCUGCAACGAGCCCUGUUCCCAGCAGUGCCAGGACUCCCGCGUCGUCAUCCAGCCUCCCGCCGUGCUGGUCACCCUGCCAGGACCCAUCCUCACCUCCCACCCCCAGAGCACCGCCGUCGGAUCCUCCUCAUCGGCUGCCGUGGGCAACGAACUCAGUGCCCAGGGAGUUGCCAUCAACUCCGGGGCCUUCGGCUACGGCAACGGCUAUGGCUUUGGAGGCCUGGGCUGCUUUGGCGGCAGAAGGGCUGGAUACAUCUGCUAAGGGCCCUCGCCACCACCCCUGACGGACACCACCUACCGCAUU